AUGUCGAAGCCAGUAUCCGCCCGCAAUGGCGAGAAGGAGGACUUCGAGGAUGCGCUUGCCGCUUCUCGAGCCCAGCAUUUCGAGAACUCGGCUGACUCCGGGGCUGCGGUUGAGCCUGUACCUACAGAAGAGCUACCUGACCGCCUCGCUGAAGCAGUCUCUUAUGGCCCUGGCGGCAUGAAGGGCCUUGUAAGCUCUCCUUUCGUCUUUGGAGCUGCCUUCCUUGCUUCUCUCGGCGGUUAUUCAUUUGGCUACGAUCAAGGAGUUAUCUCUAUCAUCAAUGUGAUGCCGCAAUUCCAUGAAGCGAUUCCUGAAACGGCCAAUGGCGGCUUCUAUACCGGUUUCAUGACCGCCAUGCUUGAGUUUGGUGCCUUUCUUGGCUGCUUUUUCAUGCCGUGGCUGGCGGAUAAGAUAUCGAGGAAAUGGGCGCUCAGCGUCGUUGUUGUAAUAUUCAACAUCGGCGCUAUCAUCCAGACGGCUGCGCCUAACUAUGGCGCGCUGGUCGCCGGCCGAACUAUUGGCGGUGUUGGUGUUGGAACACUGGCCCUGGGUGCGCCUCUGUAUAUCUCAGAAAUCGCGCCUCCCCAGCUUCGAGGAGCACUCCUUGUCCUUGAAUCUAUCUCCAUUGUGACUGGCGUUGUGACCGCUUACUGGAUCACAUAUGGCACCCAGUACUUGGAGGGUGAGAUUGCUUUCCGUCUCCCGUUUGGUCUGCAGAUGGUGUGCGCGACCGUCCUAGGUUUCGGUAUCCAUUUCUUCCCCUUUUCUCCCCGCUGGCUCGCUCUCGUCGGCCGCGAUGAAGACACCCUUCAAUCUCUCUCGAAACUGCGGCGCCUGCCAGACGACGAUGAGCGCGUGCAGAUAGAAUGGCGUGGCAUCCUCGCGGAAGUCGAGUUCCAAAAGAUCGUUCUCGAGAAACGGCAUCCUGGGGUGCGAGGCUUCAAGCUCGAGGUGAUGACCUGGCUCGAUCUCUUCAGAAAGAGGAGCUGGCGCCGCACGGCGGUCGGUAUGGGUGUGGCCUUCUUUCAGCAGUUCUCGGGCAUCAAUGGAUUCAUCUACUACGCGCCUAUCCUCUUCCGGUCCAUCGGCCAGAGCGACGAGAUGUCGCUGAUCCUUUCCGGCAUCCUGAAUAUCGUCCAGUUGAUCGCUGUGAUCAUCUGCUUCUUCAUCAUCGAUGCUGUGGGGCGGCGCCCCUUGGCCGUCUGGGGCGGCUUUGGCAUGGGGUUUCCAUACGUCAUUAUGGCGGCGCUGGUAGGCAUAUACGGGCCUGACUGGGAGAACACCGCAGCGGGCUGGGCGACCACGGCCAUGGCAUUCAUCUACAUCCUCAUCUAUGGCGUCAGCUACUCGCCACUCGGCUGGGCGCUGCCGCCCGAGGUCUUUCCGAAUAGCUCGCGAGCGAAGGGCGUUGCGCUCUCCACAGCGACGGUUUGGCUCUGCAACUUCAUCGUGGGGGUCAUUGUGCCGAUCAUGAUUGAAGAUGCCGGCUGGGGCACGUAUUUCUUCUUCGCGAUCAUGUGCUUUUUGUCCGGCACGUGGGCGUACUUCUUAGUGCCGGAGACCAUGGGGAAGACGCUGGAGGAGAUGGAUGAAGUCUUUCAUGAUUCGAGCGCACACGAGGAGAAGGAGCUCAUGAGAGCGGCGGCAGGAAAUGCGAGACGGAGCUCGAAUGCUAGAAGAGAAAGCAUGAGUAGGGGCAUGAGUAAAGUUUAG